AUGCAAACAUUGACUCAUUCAUGUAUAUAUUUCAAUUAUAUAGAACCUAGUGGUUUCUCAUUCUUUUCCUCUAGAAAUGCAAGAGAUCAUUAGCAUCUCAUAGCUAAAAACACAACAAACACUCAAUCUAAGAAAAAGAAGCUCCUCAUACUUAAAAGAAAGAAAUUAAAUAGUAAUUCACUUCCACACUCCUAUCGAAUCCCCUAAUCCGAUGGCAUUCAAAGUUCAACAACUCUGACCUUAACUGAAAGAAUAAAGAAGCGGUAUUUCCAACCUCUCAAGAAUGCUGUUGCCAGAAUCACUGAAAUUAGACAACAACAAUUGCCCAGAAGGAAGUCAACUUAUGGAUUAUUAUUUGGUCAAUUGACACAAAAGGAAAUGCAAUCCUUUCCCACCACGAUAGAAUAACAUAAACAAGUUAAUAAGUAGGAACUCGCAUUGACAAGUUUUGCAAUUAUGUUAGAAAGAAAACAAAGAAAGGUAACAACUCGAAAACUCACCAAAAAGCUUUCCAAAUAAGAAUCUCUUAUAGAAUAUGAUAACAUGGAAAGACCUCCUUCCUGUAAAACCCCUCCCAAAUUAACCUUGACAUCAAAACCCUAAAACAAGUCAAAAAUUCAAUUAGAGAAAGAGCGUUACUUUAAAUGGCUAGAUCUCAAAAUGUUUCAUUUCUAAUCAAAUAAACUCUAAAAAAAUGUUAUGCCUCAACAAACUCAAGGAGUCAUAUAACAUUUUCAAACUCAAUCUUGUGUUUCACUCAGAAAUCUCCAAGUUUGUUCUUUUACUUCUUCUCCUCGUCAAAAGCCUAGGGUAAAACAAAGCACAGAAGUUAAUUUGACACUCACAAAACCAAAAAGUAAAUCCACUCUCAAACCAUUAAGACCUUAUAUAAUACAUAAUAAUUAACUAUAGAAGAAGAUACAGUAGACAUUUGAAAUCAAGAAUACCUCGUGGUCAAAAUAAAAUUCACUUGAAAGAUAAUACUGA